AGUAAGUACCUGAAAAAGUCCACGAAGGAAACUCCUGCAAACAGUCUUACUACUACACCUCAACCACCCUCAUUCGCUCACAGACUCACAGUCAAAACCAUACUUCUCUCUCUCUCCCUCUCUCCGAUGGCGUGUUGCUCCGCUAAGUCCCUGCUCUUUCUCUUCCUCAUCUCGGCCAUACCCAUCGCCUACCUCAUCUCCCUCGAGAUAGCCAGGCCCUCCACCCACGUCUACCACUACCACAGCUCCGGCUGGUUCCGCGAGUGCGCCAAGUGGGAUGAUCUCAACCGUCGAUUCCUCGUCUCUUUCCUUGAAGGGGGUGUGGGCCAGCUUUCAGUUCCCGAGGAGCUCGACCGGAAGUCACCCGAGACCGUGAUCUUACAGGAGGUCCCGGUGGUCAAGGACGUUGACUUGGCCGGAAAUGGGUCCUUCGGCCUCGUCAUCGACCAACCGAGGAACCGGUUUUUAGUGGCGAUCGCAGAUGCCAUCGGAAACCGGUACGGUGCGGUGGCGGCUUAUGAUUUGUCAACGUGGAACCGGUUGUUUCUGACGCACCUCAGUGGCCCAAGUGAUGGGAAAUCUUUCUCGGAGGAUGUAGCAGUCGAUGCAGAAGGAAAUGCAUACGUUGCUGAUGCAAAAGGUAAUAAAAUCUGGAAAGUUGGGGUUGAUGGAAAGCUCCUAUCCAUCAUAACAAGCCCACUCUUCUCUCCAAAAGAGUGGCACAGAAACUUGGUUGGACUCAAUGGAAUUGUAUACCAUCCGGACGGUUUCUUGAUUGUGGUUCAUACAUUUAGUGGGAAUCUGUAUAAGAUUGAUAUAACAAAGGGAUCAGAGGAAGUGAAGUUGAUAAAGGUAGUUGGAGGGUCUCUGAUCUUUGGCGAUGGUUUGGAGUUACUCUCUCCAACAAAGCUUGUGGUUGCAAAGAACCCUUCUGGGAGAUUAGUGGAGAGUUCUGAUGGGUGGGAGACAGCUUCCGUGGUUGCAAAAUUGUUGGGGCCGACGCAUCGUGUGGCUACAGCAGCAACUGUGAAGGAUGGGAAGGUGUAUCUCAGUUACCUGCUUGGCAUGGGAUAUCCUAAGAAGAAGCAUGCCAUUGCCGAGGCUGUUUUUUCUGCUUGAAAAUAAGGGGGUGAUCAUUGCAACAGUGUUUUGCGUGAAUUUCUUUUCCACUCUAAUAAAUGCUCUUUGAAUUUAGAGUUCGUAUAUUGAUAAAUACACACGUUUUACUACUCCUUUCACAAUCUUGUGCAAUAUGGAAGACUGGUUGUAUGAAAUUUAAAAUUCCAAUCAGAUUUAAAUUUCAGAA